AUGGGUGUAGAUUGUUUGUUGAGUUUGCAGUUAGUAACUGUAGAACUCCUGAUGGAUUCAUCUAUUGGCCGUGUAAGGCUGUGCAUAUCCUACUUGGAUGCUACGUGGAACCUUGUUCAAUUAAUUGGAGGCUCUACUUUCAAUGAUGAACAACGAAGGCUCUCCUUGUAUGCUGCAAUGUUUCUCCCAUUUAGAAAGACCAUAUAUAAAGAUAACAAGGCUAAGGAGAUAUCCAUUAUCUCCUACAUUUUUCGGGAGUCUCUUAAGCGAAAAGCCAGUGAUGCUGAAACAGUCAUAAAUGUACACAGUGCAUUGGACAAAUUUUUGUCUUUGAUUCCUUUCCUUGCAUCUAAUGGGGACAUCCAACUCACUGAAGUUGACUGGGGAAGAGGAUUGGAUGAUGUCCCUCAUACUUCAAAACUUCGGGUACUGACAGAUGUGGACACAACAUAAUUUUUCAAGUAUUGGACUUGACAUGGGGAGGACGUGUUAGAUACUGUGUGUGCGCGCGUGUAUGCGUACGUAUAGAGGGGUGAA